UGAAAUGGCCAGCUGGCUGUUCUUAGAUUUCUCUCUGAUACAAGGAACAAAAAAAUUGAAGGAUCUCGUCAGAGAAAUUCUUCGUUGAGUUGACAUUUCUUAAGUUCUCAAACGAUUUGCAGAUCAUCCGCGUGGUUAAAACAAUGGCGGGUUCGGCUCUCAGACGACUGAUGGCAGAGUACAAACAACUAACCUUGAAUCCACCAGAAGGCAUUAUCGCCGGUCCGAUUAAUGAGGAAAACUUCUUCGAAUGGGAAGCUCUCAUCACUGGGCCAGAAGGAACAUGCUUUGAAGGUGGAAUCUUUACGGCAAAAUUAAUAUUUCCUCCAGAUUAUCCACUAAGUCCACCCAAGAUGCAAUUCACUUGUGAAAUGUUUCAUCCUAAUAUUUAUGCAGAUGGAAGAGUCUGUAUAAGCAUAUUACAUGCACCUGGUGAUGAUCCAAUGGGUUAUGAAAGCAGUGCAGAAAGAUGGAGUCCAGUACAGAGCGUGGAGAAGAUAUUAUUGAGUGUAGUAAGUAUGCUAGCAGAACCAAAUGAUGAGAGUGGUGCUAAUGUAGAUGCCGCCAAAAUGUGGAGAGAGGAUCGUAGUGAAUUUGAGAGGAUAGCUCAAAAACUUGUAAGAAAAACGUUGGGUAUCCCUUAAAAUAGGACGCAUAUUGUUUAUUAAAAUAAAUAAAUAAAAAAUAAAAAAAAAGGAAAAUCUUAAAUUAUAAUUAUUACGUUUAUUUCUUCAUAGUACAUUCUUGUAUAAAAAUAAAUUUUUAUCUGUACAACAAAUUUUUGAUGUGCAAAUUUUUUCUUGUAUAUUCUGCUGAUUAUUUGCACAAGAUAUGAAAUGAACUUUAAAUUUACAAAGUUUACGUCUUUUAAUGUUACAAAAACUGAAAUUAUUAAUCUCAAAAAAUGUUUUUUAUUUUCAACAUUGCAGUACAAACAUGGGUAAUCAAAUACAUAUGUGAAUAUCUUGUACACUUACAUAUUUCAUUGAAUUGCUAAUAAAGAAUAAGAAUCACUUCUUGCGUUUGAGUAUA